UUCUAUCCAUGCGCCAAACGCCGGCGUUCUUUGAUGUCGUCGCGAUCGUGUCAGCCUUUUACGUAUCGCAUAGUCACGCCGGUCAUCGGUCUCUUUUCUUUGAUGAAUUGCCUCUUAAUACGCGGAUUCGAAUGGAUGUGUUUCCGAUCAAACUACGUUUACACGAAGAAAACAAGUCCAGUAAUCUGUAUCACAUCAGCAAUAUUUAUCGAUAUAAGGAAUUCUAAAACAACAUUAGAUGUCGAACAUAAAGCAAACGAGAUGAAAAUUCAGAAACGAUUACUCGAUUCACCGCUUCAACGUUUGUUUAUAUCACCUGAAGACAAAGAUGAGAAGUUUCAUCUCAUACAAACCAGAUAUCGCCGAAGCGAUCAUAUAAAGUCGAACGCGGAAUCAAGUACUUUAACGAAAGAAAAAAAUGAAGAAACUACGUUAAUUUCUGAAUCGGAAUCUCCUGAAGAAAUCAAUCUUUCCGGCGAAAACUUCGCGGAUAUGGAUAUACUCUUUCGGAGUCGGACAAGUAGAAGCGAAAACGCGGACAUUUAUGAUACAAACACAGAGUCUCUAGACGAAGAGGAGUACGAAGGUUUAAACACUCUUCUGGCAAAACUGUUCGAAGCGCUACAAAACGAUUCCGCGAAGGACAAUCAUGACAUACUGAAGGGAUCGAAUUCUAUCGGUAACACGAGCAAUGACGAAGAUCGUUGCCAGAAAUGGCUGGACAACAGGGAGAAAAUUGAACAAGCUUUCCCAGGAUCCAUCGACGAACUACCGGCGUGCCCUUGUCGAUAUCCCAACGACAUCUUUUACGAUGAUCUGAUCUGGGACAGGAAUCGACAAAAGAAAUUUCGAUGGCGCGAUGCGAGCAACGAUCCGCAGCGGCUCGUCUACAAACAAGGCGCUUUUUACUGCGUGCGAUCCUUACCGGCGCAGGGAAGCGAGAGCAUCGGCGCGCAGCACUGUUGUUAUGACGAGGAAAGAAGACUGUUGACACGCGGCUCUGGUGCCGGCACACCAUACAUUGUCAGUCCAGAUAUGUCAUUUGUACUGCACGACAAGAUCGAUCUGCUACCUUGGCGGCUUUGUAAAGGCGACUUUACUAGAUACAAUAAAGUGAGAGUACCAAAUAACGACGAUGACUGCAAGGUAAAUCCGGAUGACGAGGAGUAUGAAUAUCAAGAGGAAAAUGCGAAAAAUUAUUGAGAUACAAUGUCGUCGCAAUCGUACCAAAAAAAGGACCAAUAAUUACAAACAAUAUUAAAAGCCUGACUUUAACUUUUAUUGUUCUUUGUAAACAGAGCAAUAUAUAAUAAAUUUUAAUUUAUUUUCCUAUUCAUUUUUCUAUGAAUAUUGUAUAUGCACAUCCCAAUUUCACGUUAACAAAUUACAUUAAAAAGACCGCUUGAGAAUACUACGCGCUGCAUAGAAAUUAUUUCUUUUUUAUUUUUUGCACAAAAAUAAAUGUUUUAAGAAUUGUUAACUAGUUAAUCAACGUGAGCAUAGAGAAAAUUGAAACUAUUACCAUGUUAUUUGUUUUGUUGUAAUAAUAGAAUGUUAAAAAAAAAAGAAAAAUGUGCCAACAUCACAGGGUGUUCUCAAGCAAUCGUCCAUUGAAGUACUAACCAUAUCCAAUAUUACUAAAUUUCAGUGAUUGAAUAAGAGCAGUAUUUUCAUAUAUGGUAUGGAAGUUAGUUUGUAUUAUCGAUCAUUAUGAGACGAUUUUGAUAUUUGUGUAUAGGCCAAACGAAUAAACAACGGAUAACAAAUGCGAGAGAAUCAAACUUUAAAACUCUUUGCUACUUUAUAUGAGCAAGCUGGAUCAAAUCAAACACUUUGUUAAUAAACAUGCUGUGCGUUAUUUGCUCGCUUAAUGUAUGCUCUUCUUAAAAUAAACAUCAAAU